AUGGGUAAGUUGCUGAACUUGGACUCACUCGAUCUAAAUCACAACAAUCUUUCUGGUAAAAUUUCCAAGUCCUUGGAGACACUUAAUUAUCUCAUAUACUUUGAUGUUUCAUUCAAUGAUUUAAGUGGUGAAGUUCCCUCUUGUGGUCCUUUCAAAAACUUUCCAAGUCGAUUCUUCAUGUCUAAUAAAGGACUAUGUGGUUAUCCUAUAUAUGGUCUCCCACCAUGUCAUACUAUUGGAAAUGGUAAACAAAGGAGACGUAAAGUGAUGCUAGGAGUUGUAUUUGCUUUGCGGUAUGAAACCAAGCAGCGAAAAGUUUUCUGGAGAAUUAAGCCUGAGGAGCUGGAUAAAUGCUUAUAUGCCCAAUGCUAUUACUCAAAUUAUAGAUUCGAACUUGUUGGCUCCAAAAGAAGAUUAUUACAUAGAAAUUUGAAACGUUUAUCAUCAAUAAUGGAACUAGCUUUAAAUUGCUCCAUGGAAAGUGCAAAUGAGAGGGUGAAUAUGAAAGAAGUUGUCGUAGCAUUGAAGAAGAUAAGAUAUGUGAUCCUGGCAUAUUACCUGGAGACAAGAGGGCAACCUUAA